UGUAGCGAGACAGCUGUGAGAGACGUUGUCGUUGUGCCAGGUAUUUUCAGCGUUUUUAUCUGUUUAGUGACACAUUUUUUUAUUUUUUAACUUGCCUAUGGCACAACACGCAUUCCGUCAUUUGGUAGUCAGUUUUUAAAGGGGAUGAAAAGGCUCAAGAGGAAGAAACAAAACGCCGGAGUUGGGGUGAAUGGGAAUGGAUCCCUCACAAGAGAACAAGAUUGUGGGAGGAAACAGAAGUUGGCUGAGAUCCAUCAGGCUUUGAUAAGUGAUCCAGUGGACAUUGAGACCCUGAGGAGAGCAGCAGCCACUAAAGGAGGACUGCUCACUGAUGAACUGAGGAGAAAAGUCUGGCCUAAACUUCUCAACAUCAAUGUGUAUGAGCUACCAUAUAAACCUGGUCGAGAUGUGAGAGAGAACCACAAGGAUUACAACCAGGUACUCCUGGAUGUCAGGAGGUCCAUGAAGCGGUUCCCUAAAGGUAUGCCAGCCACAGAGAGAGCCGUGCUGCAGGAGCAGCUGAUUAACAUCAUACUGGAGGUUUUGAAACACAACCCUCAGCUCCAUUACUACCAGGGCUACCAUGAUGUGGCUGUCACUCUGCUGCUGGUAGUUGGGGAGCGAAUGGCCAUCGCCAUGUUGGACACACUAUCCAAUUAUCACCUCAGGGAUUUUAUGGAUCCUACCAUGGACAGCACUAAACACAUUUUAAACUACCUGAUGCCUAUACUGGAACAAGUCGAUACAGAGUUACAUGACUUCAUGAUCAGAGCGGAGGUGGGAACCAUCUUUGCGUUGUCCUGGCUCAUCACAUGGUACGGCCACGUCCUGUCAGAGUUCAGACACACCCUCAGACUCUACGACUUCUUCCUGGCUUCACAUCCACUGAUGCCCAUCUACCUUGCUGCCACGAUUGUGUUGCACAGAGAGAAGGACGUGAAGCAGACAGAGUGUGACAUGGCCAUGGUCCACCACCUCCUCUCCCGCAUCCCUCAGGACCUCCCAUAUGAACUUCUGAUCGCUCAGUCCCAGGACCUGUUCAACCAGUACCCUCCAUCAUUACUGGCCAAGCGGGCAGCACUGCAGUCUCGCAAGAGUUUGUCCAUCAGCACCUUCCAGGCGUUUCAGCUCUCCACCCUCCACCAGAGGCCAGACUCUGUUCUUCAACGCCUCACCAAGGCCCAGGGCUCCACCACCUCCAGACAAGCCUCUCAACACUCAGGCCUGGAAGCAGCUUUGCCCCGGGACCGAGGCCAGCUGUGGGGGAAGGGGAACAGGAUGGUGAAGAUGGCAGUGUGGGGGCUGUCUGCUACACUCGGGGCGGCUGUGUUCGCUGUGGCUCAGACAGCCAUGGACUGGGGACCCGAGGUGUUACUACAACUGUUCUGAUGUGGCGGUGGGGAUAGAGACUGUUGCACACACACACACACACACACACACACACACACACACACACACACACACACACACACACACACACACUGAUACACGGUGACAGCAGACACACAUCUGCUCUUUUGACGGAUGAACAAUAUACAAACAUACAUACACAAACACAGACUUUGAAGACUUGAAGCUCGUCUUGUGCUCGGCGGGCGAGGUAGAGAGAAGCAGGAGGUCAGUUAUCUUGGUGCCAAACAGGUUGUUGCUACUCAACCACAAUGAACAUAUGUUAACCACUAGUCAGCCUCAGGAUACAUGUGCAUGUGUGUGAGAGGGUGUAUGUGUGUUACAUGUUUGUGAGCAUGUAAGCCAGACCUCAUACCACAUGUCAGCAUGGGUGAAUGACGGGCCUUUUGGGCACAGGCCCAGGGACCUAGGUGGUAAACAGGCUCCAGGGUCAGCGCCUCUGUCCGAAGUGAUGGAAAAUCAAGCAAACAACCACAAAAAACUUUGGAGAGGAAGGAGUAGAACUACAAAAUCAAACAAAAUAACUACAGAUAGAUGCAAAAAAAACAAAAAGUGAGGCAAAAUGUCUACAAGACAAAAAAAAACAACCACAAGAAACCCAAAAAGUCAUUAAAUGACCACAAAGAUACAAAAUGACAACAAAGGGAUGCAAUAGAACUGCAAAGAAACACAACUUAAAGACACAAACAUGUAUAACAACUACAAAGAGAAACAAAACAACUACUAAAAGACACUAAAUGACUAUAAAAGAUGCUAAAUAACCUCAAAGACACAAAACACCCUCAAAGAGAUGCAAAAUGACCGCAAAGAGCCACGUUGUGAUAGGGAGCCUGUUGUCUCAUAAUCCGUCCGUGCAUGUGAGACACUGGCACAUCUUGCUCCUUCAGGCUGUUGCUCACAUGCCACCAUUGUUGUACCGUUUCAGACGUGUCGCCGUAUAUUUCCUGUUAGCUGAUUAUUUUUGCUGAUAACUCAUUUUUUAGACCAUCACGCUUGACUUGGAUUUCUGUUGAAAGUGUUAUUGUGCGCUUGUUGGAUCAGCAGCCAUCGCUGAGAGCCAAUAGUGCCUGUAGCCAGCACGAUGACACAUGAAUGCAAAUUAUUAAAGAGCAGCGUUUUCCGCUGAAAGCUUCCAGUUAUAAGCAAAGAAGGAGAGCGGGAGAGAAAGAGGUAGUGAUGGAGGGAGAGUUUUGGCCUGUGAGUCAUUUAUUAGUUGCUUUGCUCCGCAUGCCAGUGACUUACAUUAACAGUAGCGUUUGACACACAAAACAAACUGUUGUUGCACCUAAAAUGGGAACUUCACACACAGUUAGCAUGCAGCACCAAAUACAAGCAGUGGGCCUUUUGCAGGAGGUAUUGAAAUACAUAUUUUUUAAUGUUAUUUUUAUAUUUUCUGUAGCGGUUUUCUAGCUGUCUCUCCCAUUACUGCUGAAAGAAUAUGGGGAAGACACCAGUACUUUUACAUUCUUAAAAUAUUUAGCAGGUUUGCGCCAACAUCCACCCUGAACAGCCGUCAACAGAGCUACAGUACAUGGACUCAGUUCUUCUUCAACAUCAUAUUUCUCUUCAAAAAUUUACCACUGUGCUUUAAAAUUAUUUUAUGGCCACAAUAUGAGGAUAGUUUGUGUGUUAUAAUUUUAAUAUAUUAUGUGACAGAAAGACUUGUAUUUUUUUUUUUUUUUUUUUUUUAUUAGUUUGAAGAAGUUAACUAUGUGCAUCUCCUGAAAAGGCAUCACAACCACUGUAGAUAUUGUUGGACCAAACGCAAUCACAGAGUUUCAUAACCUGAAAAGUGAAUAUUAAUAAUACAGGCUUUUUCCACCUGAGGUACAUACGCAUCUACAGAGCAGGGGGGUUUCUCCAAACAGCAAUGCACGCUCUGGUUGUCGACUUAUGAUCUGAAAUAUUUAUCAGCUUUUACUAGCAACGCAGCCAAACUGCUGCAUCCAUUAACACAACUUCACUGGAGUCACAACACUCUCCUUCCUGCACGUCCUCUGUUAUCAGAUAUAACUGUCACAUCUUCACACAGCCGGAUGUACAGUCUGCCCUGUUGAUUUUAGUGACCACUGAACAAAUGAAUUCAACUGGUACGUAGUCUGUUGUGUAUAAAAUUACAGUAUACAGAAGAGCAGUAGAUCAAAAGCAAACAACAGAAGAAAGUGACAAGAAUUUGCAAGAAUUUUUAUCAAGUUUGGUGAAUUUAAUUUUAUGAAUCUAGAGAGCUCUUUGAGGAGGAUUGCAGAGCUGAGUAGUUAACAAGCCUGUCAAUCAGACUGUCAGGAGUAGCUUGAGGGACUGUCAAAUUUGUAUGAAGUUGAUUGGUGAUAAUCAGACAGUCAUUUCAUUAGACAGUCAAUAAAUCAAUCAAUGGCCUGAAACUCAGGUGGUCGACUGGCCUGUAAAACGGUUGGCCAGUAAAAGUAAAGUGAAGAAUUCAACAUCCAGUUAAUGAACUCGGCUACAGUCUAACAAGCUGUACACCACAUUAAACACGUGUGUGUCUGUGCACUGUGAUUAAAUGCUGUGUGUGUGUGUGUGUGUGUGUGUGUGUGUGUGUGUGUGUGUGUGUGUGUGUGUGUGUGUGUGUGUGUGUGUGUGUGUGUGUGUGUGUGAGAGUGUGUGAGAGAGAGAGGGAGAGAAAUGGAACAGUUAGCUUUAGUCAGCUCUCUUGUUUUCUUUAUUUGCUUUCUGGGCAUCUUCAGUGUUUUUAUUUAUUAAUUGUUUUGGUGCUUUAUUAACUGUCGAAAGUCAAAUUAUUUAUUUCACGAGCAACAAUCUGAUUGCUAUUUAUUUGAUGGGUAAAUAUUAAUUGGAAAUAAAUGAAUGUUUAAUUGAAAUAGCUGCAUACAGAUUAGUAUGCUUUGUAAUUAUCAGAAAUCUGAGGGUUUAUAUAACGGUGAUCCAGUUAUUUUGCACACAGAGUAUCAGUAUCUGGACAGUCAUUCAGAAUCAGGCAAGAAGUUGAAGAAAUAGUUUUCUGGGAAAUACAAUUAUUUACUCUCUUGCAGAAAAUUAGACGAGAAGAUUGAUACGACUAUUGAAGGCAAAUUUCCCACACGUUUAAAUGUUUGGUUAAUGUGCAAGUGGAUUAAAUAAUACACAAAUUACUUUGUAAAGGGAACAUUUAUUGUUUUAUGGUGCAUGGUUGGCAGUGAUUUGUUCCCUGCUCUGUUACACAAACAGCUCAUUCUGCAGUGAAGUUAAUUCUGUCACCACUGUGCAUUUAUGACGCUUAGUUACAGGUGAUUCAUAUAAACCGCUUUAUUAAUUAGAAGGCAUUUUUGCAUGGUUUUUGUUUACACUUGAUUGUCUGCCUAUUCAUAAAUGUGCAGGGAAAAACCCUUUGACCAGGGUCUGUGAUCUUCAAACAUAAGUCUAGAUGCUACUGUGCAGUUGUAUCUGUGCCAUGUAUUCUUACACAUAAACAUACACACACACUCAUACGGGGAGAGAUGGGUGGUGGUGGUGCCAGAUCCUAAUGAGGAUUAAUUCCUGCCGCUGGCUCUUGGCGUGCUUAAGACACUUUCUCCUUGUUUUGUUUUUUUUCUCACAUUCGCACUCAAACACCUACACCCACACCUGCACUAGCCUCAGUCUGGCAGAUGCCUCAGAUGAAAAAUGAUUGAAGCAUUGGUUUCAGUGAAACCAGUACAAAAUGUAAAUGUUGUUGCAGGUAUUGAUUGCAUUUCCAAAGCUGGCUCAAAAAUAUUUUUUUGCAAGUUUCAGGGCCAUAAAAUCAAUUAAACGCACUGUGUAAACUUUAGAGGAAGAAAACACAGUAAAUAGAUAAUAUAUCAUUUCAUUGUUUUUAGCAUUUUAUUAUCUGGUUUCUCUCACUACAUAUCAGCUCACAUCUGCAAAGAUUUUGAGGCUGUUUUGCACUCCACCCACUAAUCACAAAAUCCUUUAGAUAAUUAAAUGCAGUUUUAGCAAUUUGACCAGAUCUGAUCAGUUUUUAAGUUGAUUUUGAAAUGAGAGAUGCAUCUUUUGAAACAGAAAUUUGCAGCUGUUUAAUCAAAAUGUGAAACUUCCAGGAGUUAUUUAAAGAGUUGACCUCUCAUUUGAAGUGUGUGUAAUUUAUUCCACGGGUUUAAUAAAAGUGAUCGGAGAACAUUAAAAAUUCCUGGAUUUCAUGCCAAAUUAUGAAUUCACUGUGGUGUGAUGAAGAGCCUGAUGUUGAACUCCCAGUGAGCUUGUGUUGAGCCUCUGAUGACGCUGUGUUCUUCCCUCAGGUCCAGAAUUUCCCAAAAGACUUUAUCACACCAAAUGCUUUUUACAGAAGCAGGUGCAAAUUCAAGCCUGUAGUCAUGUGUGUAUUUCUGUGGGCAUUUUAGCGCAUGUUUCUCAUAAUGGUUACGAAGAGAUACACACUGUAUCUUUGAACAUAUCAGGUUCUUUGCACCUUGUACUUGUUGUAUUGAAAUGUGUGUUUGGCCUAUAGAUGAAGCCUCUUUCUGUCUAUGAAGUAGAACCGUGAAUAAAACGACAAAGAAAACA